GCUCCGCGGGCGUCAAGCGCGACGGUACUGGCGCGAACAGUGUCGUUUUCAUCUCUACGCUCACGUCCUCAAAUACUUUAAUCAUGAUCUAACAUGUCGAUCAAACUUUCAUCGAUGAAACCCCUGUUCGCGAAAAGUUAACCAAAGAGAAACCAAAACACGAGAAGAACAGUACGUGAAAUCUCUGUUGUCCAUGGAAGAAGACGUUCGUUGGAUUCUACGAGUCAGGACACACGAUCGGAGCUUCAAGAAUUUUCACGAACAUUUCCCGAGUGAUAAGUUGCCGUUUACAGAAAGUAGCGCGUAAUUCCUGUGAUCGCUAUUAGGGGGAAAGAGGGUAACCAGAAGUAACGAAGACGGCGAGAAAACAGAGCUGCGAGGAAAGAAAAAGGGAAGAGCGAUGAUUCGUCGUGUAGUGAUUAUGAUAUUGUGAUAUCGACAGCUGUGAUAUAUAUACAUAUAUACGUAAAUUGUACAUAUUUUAUUUUACUUGAAAACCGUUGUUUCGAAGAAGGCGAGAGAUGAUCAAUAUGACGAACACCAUGGCUGAGAAAAAUGACGAUAUUCAAAACUCAGAAAAAUUAUCUUUGGCGAAUUCAACAGUUCUUUCAAAAACUCAACCGCCUCUCCAAUUGGAAGACACAAAGCCAGAUUUAGCAUCAAAUACAGUGCACAAUGACCCAGAAAGUGGUCAGAACAUUAACGGAAGUGUUGUCAAGCAAGUUCUAGCUGCAUUAGUGGCACAGCUUGGAACUAUUAACACAGGCAUGGCCUUUGGUUUCUCCGCUAUUGCUCUUCCACAACUUCAAGAACCAAAUAGUACCAUUCCUAUUGCUGAAGGAUCUCCGGAGGAAUCAUGGAUUGCUAGCAUGUCCUCUAUCGGUACACCUAUAGGAUGUCUAUUAUCUGGAUACAUGAUGGAUGUUCUUGGAAGAAAAAGGUCUCUCAUUAUCACGGAGAUUCCAGCAUUGCUUGGAUGGAUCUUGAUUGCAUUUGCAACGGAUAUUCGCACGAUAUAUGCUGGAAGAUUCUUUGUGGGACUCGGGUCAGGAAUGGUAGGUGCUCCAGCACGUGUCUACACAGGAGAAGUAACUCAACCGCAUCUUAGAGGAAUGUUGACUGCUUUUGCGAGCAUUGGUGUUAGUACUGGAGUUCUGAUUGAGUAUGCAUUAGGAAGCGUACUUACCUGGAAUACCUGCGCAGCCAUUAGUGGAAUUAUACCUCUCGCUGCGUUAUUGUUAAUGUUCUUCUUCCCUGAGACACCAUCGUAUCUCCUAUCUCGUAGCAGACCAGAAAAAGCGCGGAAAGCAUUACAACAAUUUCGCGGUAGUACAUACAAUAUUAAUCAGGAAAUGGAGACACUUAUUGAUUUCUCUAAUAAGAACAACAUCAAGCAUCUAACAGGAUUCCGCGAAAUAGUCAGUGCCCUUUUAAAACCUAAUGCUCUUAAACCAUUUAUGGUAUUGUCAUUAUACUUCUUAAUAUACCAAUGGUCAGGUACAAAUGUUAUAACUUUUUAUGCUGUUGAAAUCUUUAAAGAUUCAGGAUCAACGAUAAAUAACUAUUUAGCUGCAGUGAUUCUCGGAGUAGUAAGAUUAGCAUCAACCAUCGCAGCUUGUAUUUUAUGUAAAAGGUAUGGAAGAAGAUCUCUCACGAUGGUCUCUUCUGUUGGUUGUGGACUUUCCAUGUUAGGGUUAGGAGGAUACAUGUGGUUGAAAAAUAGCUGGACGGUAAACAAUCUUCCAAUUAUUGCCACUUGGUUCCCUAUCCUGUGUAUUUUUACAUACACUAUAACGUGCACCAUUGGUUUUCUUGUUAUACCUUGGAUAAUGAUAGGCGAAGUGUAUCCAGUACAAGUACGCGGUAUUAUUGGCGGAUUGACUACGAUGACGGCCCAUUCUUUUAUUUUUACAGUAGUUAAAACGUAUCCUUUCUUAUCUACUACACUUACUCAGCAUGGUACUUUUAUUCUUUACGGCUGUAUAUCUUUCUUCGGUACGAUAUACUUUUACAUGUGUCUUCCUGAAACUAAAGGUAAAACACUUCAAGAAAUAGAGGAUUACUUUUCUGGAAGAAAUAGUACCUUAAGAACUGGUAGUAUAGGUAUUAAUAAACCAAAGGUGUUAGAAGUGAAAAAGGGUCAGGUACUACCCUAAUACAAUUCGCUAUACAAUAACUUUUUAACGUAAAUACAAAUAGAUUGCAUAAUCUGUCUUCCAUUGUGUAGAAAUGAAAACUUUGAUUAGCAUAUUUUAUUAUUAAUUAUUAAAAUGAUCUGUAGAUAACAGAUAACAGUAUCCAUCUUUUAGAAAACGGUAUUCUAAUUUCGUCUUGUAAUAAGGCAAUAGAGCUGAUAAUAGGACCAAGAGACUUAAGUAAUCAAUUAAAGUCAAUUGCACAAUAUUAAGACAUCAUCAUCGAUACUCCAGACUUUUUUUCAUUUCUAGAUAGAAUAUAUUUAGUUUACAAUUAUACGUAUUUAUUGACUAAAGACUAUGUAAUUUAAAUCGCGUAUGUCUCUCUAAGAAGAGAAGUGGCAUAUUUUUAUAAAUACAACAUUGCAAGCCAUUUAAAAGUAUCAAAUAUACUCGUAAAUAAAUAUACUAGUUUUCUGGAAUUGCAUAUCAGACAAUUGUGCCUUAGUUAUUUCUCAGUCUACGCACAAGAAAACGAAAGGUGCUAUUUAUUGAAUCAUAGUAUUAUAACACUUGUACAUAUGUGAUCAAAAGACAAGGCAUAAUUAAUAAAUAAGUAUAUAAGUAAUAUUUGUAAAAACAUCGUAUGAUAAUGUACACGAAUUUCCGCAACGUAAAGUGUUUUAUAAGUUUAAAUGAAAAAUUUUUAAUACA